AUGAAUAACCAUGUAAUCACCCACAGCCACUACUUGGCGCUGUACAUCAGACAGGCUGCAUAUUCUCGAACACACUCGGGGAAUUCAAUCUCGUCCUCAUGCAAACCCCAUCAUGAUGAAAAGAAAAUUCUUAUCCUAGAUCCUGGCCAUCGGCUCGUCCGGAAUAUCGCAGAUAACACUUUUGACAGAACUCAUUUUGAUCCUAACAGAACUCAUUCUGAUCCUAACAGAACUCAUUCUGAUCUUCUGGUCCAUCUCGUCUAUCACAGCCAGUCAUCUACUCACCUCAUACCCUGGCACAGCAAACGUCUGAACGUACUCUCCUCAAUCACAACGGCCCACGGCUCUCUGCUCGACCUCUUUUCAACCAGUAUCAUCAAGAGAACAAUCAACAAAGAACAACAUGCAUGUUCCAACGGCCAAUAUCUGCGGACCUGA